UUUCCGGCCGAAACAAUGUCCGUUCACGGGCAAAAGCUUGGCUCGGGCCGUUUGGAAAGGCGGCUGACGGUUGCAAGUCGAACGGUCUUUAUCGGUAGAUUGCUCCUGAACCAGGAGGUUCUUCUUUGCUGUUCCCCACCCAACCCCAGCGAGUCUGGGGAAUCGGCUGAGAGGAGGGGGGGCAGCAGCUGGAGCCCCCUUCCCCCGCCUGGUUUCCAGCCGGCCUCCCCAGCCCCGAUUUGCAGCCGGCAGCCCCCUCCUCCACUUUCCGGGACUCCGCCUUGCAAAAGACCCGCCGCACGUGCCGCGGAUCUUUUCCCCGGGAGACUGCGCAUGCGCCUUCUGCCCGGGUGCCCACUUCGUCCCCCCCUCCGGCCGAGCCUCGUCUUCUAUUCCUGCACAUGCGCAACUCGGUGGUGUGGCUCCUCCCCCGUCGCUUUCUUCUUCUUUGCGCAGGCGCGCUCCUUCUUCGGCGGGUUUCAUGCUCGCCGGGCGUUCAGUCGGGCUGGCGGCGUCCGCGGAACCAUGACGCGCCUUCUCCUCCUUUUGCUGCUGAAUUGGGAGGCCGGAUUCUCCUCUUCUUCCUCCUCCUGCCCUCUUGAGAGCUUCCAGUGCCAAGAAGGGGGCCAGGUGCCACAGUGCCUAGAGUACGAGAGGCAGCCCGGCUGCCAAGACGACACAAACGGGUGCCAGCAGCCAAGAAGCAUCUGCAGGAAUCACACCUGUCGGUGCAGCAACACCAGCGGGCCCUGCCUGCCCUUUGAGCAGUUUUGCGACCAACGUCAGGAUUGCCCGGAUGGUUCAGAUGAGGCCGGGUCCCUUUGCGCGUCCCUGGUGGGCCCGCCUGAGGAGGACGAUUGCGAAAGCGACGAGUUCCGAUGCCACCCAGGGGCCGAGUGCUUCCCCCUGUCUUUCAAGUGCGAUGGCCAUCCGGACUGUGAAGACAGAACCGACGAAGAGAGCUGCAGCACGGAUUUGUCAGAGACUCCAAGGACCCCACAAAUAACCCCAAAAGGCAGCCGUGCUCCCCCAGAAACUCCGGCCUUGGAGCCCUUGACAAUCACUGCCAUUGUCGCACUCCUGAUCACCAUCGUGGCCGCAGCAGCCCUCGCCCUCUGGGUCUCUAGAAAAGCCAAGCCCCUCCUUGCCCGUCUCCCCCCCAAAGCAGCCUUUAAGCAGCUAAUCCUAGUCGAACAGCCUUGAGAUUGGCCGGCCAGCCAGGAAGUUUCUCCUUGCUCCCUCAAGCGAGGGACUCCGUCACCUGACCUUCCCAGGAACCUCGGGAAAAAUCCUUCGAUCUGAAGAGCUGGCGGCCCCGCUGGGACUCCUUGCAGGAGCUGAGGCUUGGAAGCCACUCGGCCUGCAGGCUGUCGACAGAAGUCCACCUCCUCCGGGGAGAAAUUAAAAUAGGUUUAAUAUUUAAAAUAUUUCCGGGUGUCUCUCGCUGCCUGCUUGGGCCUUGUCCUUCCACAGCCGCUCUGCCACCUGCCCAUUCCGGCAGAAGCCCUUCAGCCCAGCUCACUCUGAGGGAGCAUCUCCAAGCAAAAUGGCCUUUGCGUCCCUCAGACCAGACCCCGAGCUGGGAUUCUUCCAGCACGUGGAAGCAGUGGGAUCCCAGCUUCCUUUCUGGGGGGGGCUCCUGUUGGUGCUUCCCCUGUCCGGUGCUUCCAGCUGCGUUGGACAAGAGCUCUCCGGAAGUCGUGGGUGCUCCAUCACUGGAGGUUUUCAAGAAGUGACCGGACAGCCAUCUGUCUGAAAUGGUGUUGGGGUUUCUGCUUGAGCAGGGGGUUGGACUAGAGGAUCUCUAGCGUCCCUCCCAGCUCUGCUCAUUCUGGAGGUUUGGGAAGGCUGAGGGAUCCCCCAUAUGACAAAAAGUCGGUUUUGGCUGCUCCCAGAUUUUUCCUGUUGCCGUUGCAUCUGAACUGGUUGUGGAGAGUGACGCUUCCUCAGAUUGGGUGGUGGGUGAGAAUGUGAGCUAUUUUAGGGCAGGAAAGCCCCCCCUAAUUUUUUUCCGUCUCUUGUCCAGCCUGGGGGCUCUACUCUUGCAACACUGGGAUCAACCCCCUGUCGUGAGUGCAAACAUUAAAAAUCGUUUCCCAACCUUCCUU